AGUAGUUAGCAAAGAAUUUGAUUUUCAAAAGAAGGAUCAAGGAGCUGUAAUUUUGGAUUUACUAGUAAUUCCAAUUAAAAGCUUAGAUUUUGGGCUAGUAAAUGAUUUCGGGCUUCGUUAAACAAAGGGUCUAAAAACCAAUUCACUAUUAAAAGUCUUGUUGAUUCUAAUUAGAGGGAGGAAAAACAAAAGAAGGUUAUCAUCGUUGACCACAAUAAAGAAGGAAAAGAAUUUGAAUAACAGAGAAAUGAGUUCAUGGAAGAAACAGAGGGUUUGUUCUUUUAUAAGAUGUGGAUGAUUGACAAAUUAGAUAUAUUCGAUCAUAAUGAUGUCCGUUGUGAAACAAAGGACAACUUCACUGAUGAGGGGGAAGAAGAAGAAAGUCAGAGUGAUGCUAUACAAGAUUCAGACAAAGAAGUGUCAAAAGUGUCAAAUAUAAUAAUCGGGGUUGGAAAUCUAUUUGAUGUUGACUAUGAAGCUGGACCAAAUGCACCUCGUCCACAGGUAUUUGGCUAUGUCUGGUAA